UAUCUCCAGAGGCAGUUGGAUUUUUGUCUGCUGUUGGGGUGUUUAUUAUCUUGAUGCUGCUCCUUUUUCUCUAUAUUAAUAAGAAGUUCUGUUUUGAAAAUGUUGGCGGGUUUCCAGAUCUUGGUUCAGGAUACAGUGCAAGGAAGAAUUCACAAGAUAAAAUUUAUAAUUCCUACAUGGACAAAGAUGAGCAUGGUUCAUCCUCUGAAAGUGAAGAUGAAGCUCUGGGUAAAUACCAUGAGGCCUUAUCCAGAACACACAAUUCCAGACUACCAUUGGCAGAUUCUAGACAAAAGAGCUAUACUUGGGAAACGAGACAGAAAUAUAGUCCUCUUUCUGCAGAGUAUGAUGGAUACAGUAGUGAAGCAUCAAUAGAUGAAGGAAACUGCAUUCAGAGAAUGAGAAGAACACCCCCACUGGAUGAAUUGCAGCCACCACCGUAUCAGGAUGACCGUGGUUCUCCCCACCUCUCAUGUACACCCUCAGAAAUUGGGGACAGUAAAUGUGAAUUUUCCCACUGCAGCAACAGUCCAAGAUGCUCAUAUAACAAGUGUCCGAGUGAAGGAAGCACAGGUCAUGAAAUAGAAAGUUUUCAUAAUAGAGGAUUUGAAGAAGAUGUUCCGAGUGACAGCACCGCAGUCCUGAGCCCCGAAGAUGUGUCAGCUCGAGGAUCGUCUUCACAGCUUCCUAAACCUUUUGAUCCUGAGCCAGAAGCUAAAUAUGGUACCCUGGAUGUGACUUUUGACUAUGACUCACAAGAACAGAAGCUUCUGGUAACAGUGACAGCUGUCACAGAUAUCCCAACAUAUAACAGGACAGGUGGCAACUCAUGGCAAGUACACCUUGUGCUUCUGCCUAUAAAGAAACAGAGAGCAAAAACCAGCAUCCAGAGAGGACCAUGCCCUGUCUUCACAGAAACAUUCAAAUUUAAUCAUGUUGAAUCUGAGAUGAUUGGAAAUUAUGCAGUUCGGUUUAGACUGUAUGGUAUACACCGCAUGAAAAAAGAAAAGAUUGUGGGGGAAAAGAUUUUUUAUUUAACAAAAUUGAAUCUUCAAGGGAAAAUGUCAUUACCUGUGAUAUUGGAACCUUCUUACAAUCAUUCUGGCUGUGACUCCCAAAUGAGCGUGUCGGAAAUGUCCUGCAGUGAAAGCACGUCCUCCUGUCAGUCUCUUGAACACGGCUCGGUCCCAGAAAUUCUCAUUGGUCUGCUCUAUAAUGCCACAACUGGAAGACUAUCCGCAGAAGUGAUAAAAGGCAGCCACUUCAAGAACUUGGCAGCAAACAGGCCACCCAAUACAUAUGUUAAAUUAACCCUACUGAAUUCCAUGGGCCAAGAGAUGUCCAAGUGCAAGACAUCCAUCCGCAGAGGGCAGCCAAAUCCGGUCUACAAAGAAACGUUUGUUUUUCAAGUGGCCCUGUUUCAGCUCUCUGAUGUGACGCUCAUACUGUCCGUGUAUAACAAACGCAGCAUGAAAAGGAAAGAGAUGAUAGGCUGGGUUUCCUUAGGUCUGAACAGCUCUGGAGAAGAGGAACUCAACCACUGGACUGAAAUGAAAGAGUCCAAAGGACAGCAAGUCUGUAGAUGGCACGCAUUGCUAGAGUCGUGAUGACUCAGGAGGAAGGGGCAAUUCCGGUUCCAGGCAGCAGCAUCUCUGAGUGCAGCGUUCCUGUUACCUAGUCACCGUUAGAAGAGCUGUUCUUUGAAGAGUCAUCUGUAACAUUCUCCCCAAAAGCUUUAAAUUCUGUGGAGCUAACGUCUACUGCUGACAUCAACGAAGAAAAGAUAGGUCUCUAGCAGAGCGCGUUUGAGAAAAUGAGAAACUGGCAUCCUCUUUGUUAAACUAACAGUCCUCCAGAGCUUUCAGAGCAUCCUUUUGGCGUGAAGUUAAUUUUACUGUAGCAAAAGAGCCAGUAACAUCAUGAAAAGUCACGAUUAUAAAUGAUUUUGAAAAUCAGAAUUUGUAGUUGCAGCACUCUGUUAGUGUCACGCUACAUAUUAUCCACAAAACUAGCUCGUCCCCAGUGUGUGUGAUGUUCUCUAAUAUGAGAAAGUCAUCCUGCAUCAGUCAAGUCUAAUGGUGAAGGCUUUCAGUUACAUUGUACGUUGUUUUAGUUCAGAUUAUUUUCCUUUUUGUUGUGCCUCUGUUCUUCUCCAUAGCACUAAAUCUAAGUGCAAGCAAGUAUUCAUUUUCAUAAGGGAAUCUUUUUAUGUAUUAUUUUAAGAAAAGUUCACUUCUUCAAUUGCCUCUGAUUUUGCCUGAUCCAAAGAGACCAAGUCACUGUACUGGUCCUUUGCAAGUCUCCUAGACAGGUUGUACUGUAGAACCAUGUAACUUUCUGUUGAAAGCACUUCCUGUAUUCUUGUAUUCCAAUGUAGGAAGCUAAUAGAGCAGGACUUUACUUAAAAAUCUCUUUCAAUGAUUGACUGUUUAAAAUUGUAGUAAUGUGAAAGUACAUUUUUUUUACAAACUAAAAAAAUAUAUAGUGAAUAAGCUGUUGAAAAUUGAAAC